AUGAGAAACGACUAUGCUGACUUAAAGAGGGAGGCAGAGAAACCAGCAGAAGAUAAAAUGGACAUGUUGACAUUUCUAAACAAAAACUAUCCAACAGCUGACGAUUUCCUUCUUUCAGAUGUCAAGAAGAAAUAUAAAGAAACCUUCGGCAUUGUUAAAACAUUCGAUGUACUGACAGAAGAAAUAGAAGCUACGAAAUUGUUUAGAAUUUCACGAAUUCACAAUGUUUACCAUGUAAAACGCUUAUAA